GGGGUUCAUUGCUGAGGUGGGAGGGGCAUCCUAGGAAGGGUACAGCUGGGGCCCUACCUGCCAGACAGCCUCUGGGAACCUACCCUUUCAAGCAUGAACCAUACCAUCCGGGCUCCUCCACUCCCAGUGUGCUCUUAGCUCUGCCCGCCCAGCCUAGGGUCCUGGAGGCCUUCUUGGAGCUCAUCCAGCAACCAUCAUGCAAGGUGGUGCUGGGGACUGCCCUCUUACUCGGAGGGGGAGGCCUCAUGCUGUGGAUUCAGAGGAAGAGGAGAAGGAAGGCAUCCGCCGCGUCAGCACAAAAUGUGCAGGAGCCACCGGAAUGUCACAAAGCAAAGAAUGAGAACUGGAUUAAAUCUCACUUCAGUCGCCUCUCUGAAGAGAAGCUGGCCGCCUGCAGCAACACGGCCGCCCCACCACCCGAGAGCGGCAGCAGAGAAGCCAGCACCACCAUUCACAUGGAGACUCUCACCACAAGGCAAAGAGAGGCGGGCACAACUCUGCACCGGGAGUCCUUCACCAGCAAGCAGAGGACGUCUGGGGCCUCAGUGACCAAAGAGACCCACAAGGAGUCUGCAAAAUCCUCGUCCACGGACGAGCCCACAUGGGCCACUGUGGCUGCCUGUACCAAGGAGAUUGACACCCUAGGACAGCAGCUGGCUAAUUCCAUGUUGCAGCGUGCCAUAGCUUACCAGAACUCAGGCCACCUGGAGUCCAGAGACGUCAACCAGGAGGAGCUGAAGGCCCUCGAGGAGGUGGAGUUGAAGCUGAAAGGGAAUUUCCUCACCCAGCAGGAAACCACCGUAGCUGGCGCGAACCACACACACGCCAUCCAUGGCCACGGUCACUAUGGACACCAGGGUCAUCUGAACCACCAGAGCCAUAGCCUGCCCAACCGCAGCCACCAGACCUACCACCCCUUUGAAGCCACCUAACCACGGAUGGAGACACCCCUUUCCCCCAACAGGGCUGGCACACAAUUGCAGGCCUGUUUUCUCUCCUGUGGCGAGAUGGUGCCACCCAAAUCCCUUCUUCCUGAAGGGCAGGCCCUGGGCCCCUUUGGCUCUGUGAGUACGGUCUGCCACAGAGGAUGGCCCCCGAUGGAGGGGGCGGGGGUGGAAGGAAGAGAAGCAGCUGAGACAGACUCGCAGGCCCCUGAAGACCCACCAGGAG